AACACGACCAGUCGCCAGCUCCAUUCCCGCCCCACUCAAAACCCUCUCGAGUUCCAGAACCUUCCAGAAGAACGUCCCGCAAUCGUCGCCCUCUCCUCCUCUCCUCCCCAUGGCCGCGUCGGCGUCGGCGGCGGGUGGCCAGCCCCAGAAGCAGUUCCUAUCCAUCAUCCGCGACUUCGCCGCCGAGAAGUCCCACGGCGAGCGCACGGUGUCGGGCCUGAAGCGCCGCCUCGACGACGUGGUCUCGGCUUCCGACGCGGCCACGGCGGAGCUCGAGGCCGCGAAGCGCGCGCGGGAGGCGGCGGAGACGGAGCUGCGCGGGAGCGAGGUGCAGGCCUCCAUCGCAGACGCGUCGAUUCAGGCGCUCGAGGCGACGAUCUCUCAUCUCCAGGAGGAGAUCGCGAAGCUGGGCUCUGAACUGGACGCGCUUAAGAGCACGGAGGACAUCGAGAGAGAGGAGUUCUUGAGACAGAUGCUUGAAAUGAAUGCAAGGAUAAGGCAGUUUCAACAGAAGGCUUCUGCAGAAUUAGCAGAGAGGUGCUCUGGACCGCCAUCAGCAGAUGGUAAGCAAGGCAAGUCAGCAGAGGGUCAAAAUGUGAGUGACAUGAAUGAAACUAUGGACUCAGAAGGUAUGUUGACAGAUUCGGCUGAUCAGAUGAACAAGAUGAAUGCUGAGGUGCAUGUAUUGGAGGAAGAGUAUCAGAAGGACCUGCUUGAACUUGAAAAGCUCUCUCAAGACUGCCUUGUUUUACAGCUGCGUCAUGAACUGGCUGAUGUCCGAGCAAAGAGAGCUCUUAUGGAGGCUGUGAUGAAAGAGACGAAAAAGUUGCAGGAGAUCGGAGGGCGCGUGGCUGAACUGGAGAACGUGCACAAUUCACUCGCUGAGGAGCUCCAGAAGCGCUACAUAUGCCCUGGCUGCGGAACCAACAACAUGGCGCCGGAGCAGGAGGAGGCGGCGCCGGCAGCGGCGGUGGCAAACUAACCAGAGAAGUAGAGAACACGCUGGUGGCCGCGAAUCAGCAGGGCUGGUAUGAGUCCCAGUAAAUCAGUGAGACGGAUCAGAUUGUUUGCAGACGUUAAAACCCCCAUAGAUUAGCCGGCUGUACUUUGGCGAGCGGUUAGCUCUUGUCGUUGCAUUACCUGACCUGCAGUGCCCAUCGAAACCACCGAGACACGGGCGUAAAAUUUUCAGUGAUCAGUACGAAUACAUGUCUUGUAUCUGUUUCUUUGAUGUCCCUGUCUGGUAUUGUGAUCUGAA